AUGGAUUCUCAUCAAAAACAGCUCCACUUUCUCAUGAUUCCUUUCAUGGCACAAGGCCACAUGAUUCCAAUGAUAGACAUAGCCAGGAUGUUGGCCAAACGUGGUGCCAAGAUCACCGUAGUCACCACACCAGGUAACGCAGCCUGUUUCGAAAGAAUUCUUGCUCGUGCUGUUGAAACCGGGCUUAGUAUUGAUCUAAUCAUAUUAGAUUUUCCUUCAAAAGAAGUAGGAUUACCCGAAGGAUGUGACAAUUUGGACAAGCUACCGUCUCUACAUUGGGCAUCAAAACUCUUUCAAGCAGCCUCUAUGAUGCAACAACCAGCAGAAAAAAGAAUUGAAGAGCUUAAUUUGAGGCCAAAUUGCAUAAUUGGUGACAUGGUUUUUCCUUGGACAAUCAACAUAGCUCGAAAAUUCAACAUCCCAAUGAUAUCAUUCUCUGUAACGAGCUGCUUAUGCAUGUUAUGUUGGCGUAAUGUGUACAGUUCCAAUGUUCUUGAGAAUAUUAGUUCUGAAACAGAAUGCUUUGUUGUGCCUGGUUUGUCAAAACGGUUUGAGAUUACCAAAGCUCAGUUACCAAGUAAACGAUUUCUUGACCAAUGGAUGGAAGCUGAGAAAGGUUCUUAUGGAAUAAUCAUUAAUACUUCUGAAGAAUUGGAGCCAGCUUUUAUCGAUGACUACAAGAAGUUGAGGGAUGGUAAAGUUUGGUGUGUUGGACCGGUUUCUUUAUGCAACAGAGAUGAAUUGGAUAAGUAA